UGCAGUGCACCACAGAGAACCAACAUAGAUGACCACCGCGUCUCUGCCGGCCUGGCUGCGUCCACAUCCAUUCAUCCGUACCAUCCGGCGACGUCUGUGGGGAGGGGUGUCGGCCGGUCGAUCAGCACACAUGACCGGACCUCAAAGCCAUUCGCCUCCAGCAGGGCCGUGUACUCCUCGGCUGUGGGAAAGAACCACGGGUGCCGGCUGUCGAAGUCGGAGUGCCCGCGGGCAGCCAGCGCCUCCUUCACUGAACGACGAACAAGGCAGCAUGGCAUCGAGUCACCCCAUCCCUCCCUCGCACUGGCUUACGUGCGUCGACGAUGCACUGUAUGUUGGCGUGACCGCCAAACUCUGCGACGAACCGCCCGCCCUUCUUGAGCAGCCCUCGCACAUUCCGCACCACCUUUGCCGGGUCGCUCUUCAUCCAGUGCAAAGCCGCGUUGCUGAAGACGGCGUCGAACGCCCCCUCCCACUCAGGCAUCUUCUCGUCCAGCCGGUGGCCGUCGAUGACGUGCGCGUCAGUGAUGCCAUUGUCGCGGGCUGCGUGGAUCAUCGGCUCGCUGGCAUCGACUGCGGUGACGGAAGCGCCAGAUGAUUGAAGCUGCAGGGUCAGGACCCCAUCGCCACACCCUGAGAGCGACAAACACAUUGCAAUGAUUGAAUCAGAUGCGCUGCGUUCGGUCACUUACUUUCGUCGCUCUUACCGAGAUCUAAGAUGCGCUCGCCUUUCUGAGGGCUGAGGUCCUUCAGCAGAGGCGCGCCGAGCCUCGGCACAAACCCGGCGUGUGUCUGAUAUUGAGAGCUACUCCAUUCAUUCGAGCGCUCUCCAGUGAAGUCGCUGGGCAUCAGGACGAUGCAGAGCGAUGCAGAGCGGUAUACCUUGCUCUUCGAAUGCCUUGAAUUCGGGAAGCGUUCUCUUGUCAGCAACGGUUUCAU